UCAGGAAAAAGGAGGAAGAGUUCCGAGAAAAUUAUUGGGAAAAUAACGCAGAGGAAAGGAAAACACUAAAACAGUAAAAUACCAUUAACUGAAAUGAGCCUACCACUAUAAAGGUUAAAAGAUAAAAAGCUGUUUCCAAUGAGGUGGUCUGUGGUCCUAAGAAGAGAAGGCUAUGAAAUUUAUGCAGGUUGUGUCGUCCUCAGUUCUUGAUGCUCAUGAGCAGUACUAGAACCGCCCACAGUUUUUUCUAAAUAGAAAGUUUCUCAUAAGAUUUUCGUGAUGGGAAAAUUUUUAUUUUUACGAAAAAUUAGAUAAAAUCCCAAAUUUCCCAUUUCUGCAAACCACACAAAAAUAUGAAAUUUUUGGUAUUUAUUAUGUAUGAAAAAUAUUAGUCAGCAACGUUAGCUGGUCCAUGUCUUUUGCAAGCUGUUGAAGAGGAGGGUCUAUGGACAGAGAGAGAGAGAGACUUGUGGUUGGUUGAACAGCUCGUGAUGAGAUAGCAAGAGGAAAGAGUGAAAAAGAAAUGGGGCUUUGUCAGGUUCUGUCUGAGGGUUGUGGUGGGGCAUAGUCCUAAGAGCGUCAAAAAACCUACCCUUUUAACAUUGUGAAAUCUUUGCCUCGUUGUCUCUGAGUCGUUGGCAAAUUAAGUUUUGUCCGCUUGAUGGACUCUCCGAGGCUCUCUCACUCUCUGUUUUCCUUCUAAAACGAAAAAACCACAAACAGUUUUUUUUCUUUUGGUUUCCUUUUUUGUUUUUGUUUGUUUUUAUUUUUAUUUUCUGUUAAACAUUGAUUGAGUAAAAUCUUUCUUCUCCUAUGUGACAAAAGAAAGAAACAGGAAACAAUUUUAUGGGUGACAAUUUAAAGUUUUUAGCAUUGAGAAAAUAGCUAAAACAUAGAAAAAAGAUAUGGAUACAGGUACAGUUGUUGAACAAGGUUGCUCUGAGUUUGUUGAAGUUGAUCCUACCGGAAGAUAUGGAAGAUACAAUGAGAUUCUUGGUAAAGGGGCUUCAAAGACAGUCUACAAAGCCUUUGAUGAGUAUGAAGGGAUUGAAGUAGCUUGGAACCAAGUGAAACUUUAUGACUUCCUGCAAAAUCCUGAAGACCUUGAGAGGCUUUACUGUGAAAUCCAUCUCCUCAAGACCUUGAAACACAGAAAUAUCAUGAAAUUCUAUACUUCUUGGGUUGAUGUUGCUAACAGGAACAUAAACUUUGUUACUGAGAUGUUUACCUCUGGUACUUUGAGACAGUAUAGGUUAAAACACAGGAGAGUUAAUAUUAGAGCAGUGAAGCAUUGGUGCAGGCAGAUUUUGAGUGGACUUCUCUAUCUCCAUAGCCAUGACCCUCCUGUGAUUCACAGAGAUCUCAAGUGUGACAAUAUUUUUAUCAAUGGGAACCAAGGGGAAGUCAAAAUUGGUGAUCUUGGCCUCGCUGCUAUCCUUCGUAAAUCCCACGCUGCUCGUUGUGUUGGAACACCAGAAUUCAUGGCUCCAGAGGUUUAUGAGGAGGAAUACAAUGAAUUGGUAGAUAUAUAUUCUUUUGGGAUGUGUAUCUUGGAGAUGGUUACUUUUGAAUAUCCAUAUAGUGAAUGCACUCACCCUGCUCAGAUUUACAAGAAAGUCAUCUCCGGGAAAAAACCAGAAUCUCUAUACAAAGUAGAAGAUCCAGAGGUGAGACAGUUUGUUGAGAAAUGCUUAGCAACCGUGUCUCGUAGGCUACCUGCUUGGCAGCUUUUGCAAGACCCUUUUCUCCAGAUCGAUGAUUAUGGAUACGAUUUAAGGCCAAUAGAUUAUCAAAGAGAUUUUGAUGAAAUAGGCCCUCACCUAAGACAACCUCAAUACGGAAUUCAUCACACUAACAGAUCUUUGAUCAAUGGUUACUCCAAUUAUCUCGGUUAUGAACAUGAAACUGACUUGGGUUGCCAUACCGUUGAGUAUGAAGGGAGCGAAAUCGAUCUCUUUACCUGUCAAGAGGAUGAGCAUUUGGGAGAUGUUGAUAUCACAAUAAAAGGUCGACGAAAAGAGGAUAAUGGCAUCUUUUUGAGGCUCAGAAUUGCAGAUAAAGAAGGCCGGAUAAGGAAUAUAUACUUUCCAUUUGAUAUUGGGACUGACACGGCAUUGAGCGUUGCCACUGAGAUGGUUGAUGAGCUAGAUAUCACAGACCAAGAUGUGACCAAAAUAGCAGAAAUGAUAGAUGGUGAAAUUGCUUCCUUGGUACCGGAAUGGAAAAGGGGUUUGGCCACAGAGGAAAAUCCUCAUUGUUCAAAGCAAAGUUUCUGUCAUAAUUGUGCUUCAAAUGGUUCCCUUUUGGAUUAUGUAUCAUCAGAGUGCCCAAGUGCCAAGAAUCUGCAAGUUCUUCAAUGUUCUAAACAUGGAUGUGCAGCCAUCCAUGGCCGGUUUGAAGAGAUAACAUACCAAGUUGAAGGUUCAGAAGAAUGUUCAACAGAGUGUGCACCAAAACCAUCAAGCCAAUCUGAUCGCAUCCGUUAUACAGAUAUCUGGGCUCAGCGAGACGGAGCAGAAUUAAGUACACAGGAGUCAAGAGAUAUCUUUUGCGAUGAAGCACAUGAACCAUUGGACAUAGCAAACUUUCAUGAAGAAGAGAAAAUCAUAACAAUGGACGAUGAAAGAGAAUCCAAUGCCAGAAAUUCUUCGGCUUCAGCUCCUUUUGAUGAGUAUGAUGAGAAUGACAUUAGGCAAGAACUAAGAUGGCUCAAAGCUAAGUAUCAAAUGCAGUUGAGGGAGCUUAAGGACCAACAGUUAAGGGCUAAAAGUAAACCGUCAAGUUUAACUAUGUGUUCUGAUAACUCGGAAAGCAAGGAGGCCAAUGCAGCAUCAAUCUCAAUAAUCUCAUCCCCACUGCGUAAAGUAAACAAAAGGCCUCCCCUGAAAUCUUCCUGCUCAAGGCAUUUCACUUCACCUUCUCCUGCUGAUGCUGAGAAUAAAUGUGCAAAUUUUGGAAACCAAAAUGCCAAAGGUUUCGAGGCAAUGAAUGGGCCUUAUAGCCCUGAGCAAAUGUUCACUGCAAAGAGUUUCUACACAGGAGCUUUGCUUCCACAGUCUCUUCAUAGGGCAACUUCUCUUCCAGUUGAUCCUAUAGAUGUUUAAGACCUUUGAGAAAAUCUCUUAGAUUCUCAGACCAUAUUUCUUUCCAUAAGAAGCAAAGGUGUGUAGCUUUUCGGGUUUGUUGGUUUUGGAAAAGUAAAACCCACAUGUAAAUUAUCCACUAACAUAAAGUGAACAAAAUUUCCUCAAUACUUUAUGUCGCAUCUCUCAAUAUAAGGAAAGAUUUUGUUAUGAUUCUCUUAUUCCUUUGAAAA